AGCCCUCACUGCCGGAUCAGCUGGACAAUUCCUAUAAAUCGGCACCACCAACACCACGGAAUCUCCCACCUACGCCUCCAACCACCAAAACUACAUUCUCCCGGAAUCAACCGGAUCAGGAGCGGUCGAUCGAGAUGGGGAAUCCGGGCAAUGCAUCCUCGUCGUCAACGUCGGGCCGGCGUGGCCCGGCCGGAUUCGGGCUGGCGCUGGCCCGGCUGGUGCGGCGGCUGCGGAGGCGGAGCAAGAUGUUGGUGUGCACGGCGGCUCCCACGGGCGCGUCGUCCCGGUGCCGCCAGUACGACCCCCUCAGCUACGCGCGCAACUUCGACCGCGACGGCUUCGGCUCCGCGCUGGACGACGACGUCUCCGGCGCCGGCCACCUCUGCCACCACUACUCCUUCGCCUCGCGCUUCGUGCUCUCCUCCUCCGACGCCCGCCAGCCGCAGUAGGACGGCCGGCUGCGGGAGAUCGAGCCGCCCGCAUGUAGCACUAGCUAGGCAACUAGCUUAGCGCGGUAGCCAUGAGAAUUGCUCCCUAUUUUGUUUCGUUCUUUAUCCCCCAACCGCGCCGCAGCUAGCUAGCCUGCAGGCGAUUGUGUUCAUAUGUGGGGUGGAUUAUAUGAUAUAUGACGGCUGUAAUGUACGGAUUUCCAGGCCUCCUUGGCACCAUUGAUUUCGGGCCACUUAGGGAGCUGCAGGAAAAUCAGUGAAGUGGUGAAAAUGUUUUCAAGAUAUAAAGCUGACC